UGGUGGAAGCCAAAACAGAACAUCAUGGCGAUUGAUGUCUCUCCAGAGGUGCUGGGGAUUCUGACAGCCAUCGGUCUCUUCAUCAUCCUCAUGACCCUCCUGUUCUGGUACCUCAACAACAAGUUGGCACUAGAGAACCCAGGGAGCCUUCAGUGCCUUGAUGACUUCAGGAAAAAAACAGAGCUUCAAGACAAGCCCUACACUGACGCAGACCUGCAAGGCUCAUCAUCGGACAGUGAGGAUGAACUGAUGGGUCAGUACCAGGAAGCAGUCAGCCGCUCCCAAGGCCUCCGGGGAGGAGCCAAGGCAGCCACAAAUAUGAAACUCGCAGGAGGUUUCAGCUGGGAGAGCCGGCAAAAGUACAGCCCACUGACUGCUGAUUAUGAGGGGUACAGCAGUGAAGCCUCAGCCGAUGAUGCCAACUGCAUCCAAAGGAUGAGACGAACUCCGCCAUUGGAUGAGCUUCAGCCACCUCCUUAUCAGGAUGAAAAUGGCUCUCCGCGGAUGUCCUGUACACUGUCAGACCUGGGAGACGCCAAGUGUGAUCUAUCCAACACCAGUGGCAGUCCUCAUCUAUCCUUUGGCAAAUGCCCCAGUGAGGGCAGCGACGGCCACGAGACUGGAAGUUACCUCAACAAGGGUUACGAGGAGGAUGUACCCAGUGACAGUACAGCUGUCCUCAGCCCAGAGGACAUGUCAGCGGGUGGAUCAGCAGCUCAGCUCCCUAAAGGUUAUGAACCAGACCAGCUUGCAAAGUAUGGUACCCUUGACGUGGUGUUUGACUUUGACUCAGAGGACCAGCAGCUGGCAGUCACCAUCAUGGCAGUAACAGACCUCCCUUCUGUAAAACGCACCGGCAACAUCUCCUGGCAGGUCCACCUUGUGUUGCUGCCCACCAAGAAGCAGAGGGCAAAAACAGGAAUCCAGAGAGGCCCAUGCCCGAUCUUCACGGAGACCUUCCGCUUCAGCCAUGUGGAGUCGGAGAUGAUCAGCAAUUACGCCAUCCGAUUCCGCCUUUACAGUAUGCGGAGGAUGAAGAAGGAGAAGGUGCUCGGGGAAAAGGUGUUCUACCUCACCAAGCUCAACCUUCAGGGCAAAAUGUCUGUGCCGGUCAUAUUAGAUGCAUGCUGUGCUCUCCCGGGCGGUGAAUCCCAGGUCAGCCUCUCAGACAUGACAUGCAGUGAAAGCGCCUCAUCAUUCCAGUCAGUUAGUCAGACAUCCACACCAGAGAUCCUCGUUGGCCUGGUGUACAACGCCACCACAGGACGUCUCUCUGUGGAGAUCAUCAAAGGCAUCCAUUUCAAAAACCUGGCUGCCAACAAGCCACCCACUGUCCAACCCUUGUUGUCAGAUGGACUGUUCUGUUGUCUUAAACACUUGAUAGGUGGACAGGUUUAUAUUAUCAGAGAUACAUACGUUAAGCUGACCCUACUGAACUCCAUGGGCCACGAGAUGUCCAAGUGUAAGACAUCCAUCUGUCGAGGUCAGCCCAACCCGACCUACAAAGAGACGUUUGUCUUCCAGGUAGCUCUUUUCCAGCUGUCGGACGUCACACUUAUCCUCUCCGUCUACAACAAGCGCAGCAUGAAGCGCAAGGAGAUGAUCGGCUGGAUCUCGCUUGGCCUCAACAGCUCUGGAGAGGAGGAGCUCACCCACUGGACUCAGAUGAAGGAGUCAAAAGGACAGCAGGUUUGCCAUUGGCACAGUUUGUUGGAGUCCUAACAACAAGACAACAGUAAGUGAGGAAAGUGCUUCAGGAUAACUGCACGGAGCUUCCAGAAACCACAGUCAGUGGUAAUGAAGAAGAAGGAAAUCCAGAGUUGUUUUGCAUAAGCAUUUUCAUGGCACUGUUCAUAAAACCACUCACAGCAGUGACGUCAUUACUUUCAUGAAUUACCUUGUAAUGACCUGUAAGUUUCUGUAGGUGGCGCUCACUGUGUUUGUCUUUGGAUCUGGUAGAGCUGCUCCAAGAGGCAGGUUCCAGAUAACAUUUUUCAGGGAAUGAUUGUCUGAGAGUUUUGUGUGCCCACAUCUCCAGCUCAAACAACUGAUAUCAGGAUUAUUCACAAUCUUAUCGCAAAGGUUUACAACUCUUGUGCAGGGCCCUGAUAACAUGGCCCACCUCUUUUGUUUUUCUUCCUAAGUACAAGAAGCCUAAGGGUUGACCACAAAAAAAUUUCUCAUAUUGAAGCCAGAACAGGACAUGCAGGAUCUGUUCAGGUUCAGGUCCAUACAAGGCAUCAUCUGGGUGCCUUAGUCAGACUUUAGGAAAUUGGAUUCAGUUGGACUAACAUGUUUACAUAGACUUUAAAAGUCCAUAUACAGUAGGACUAAAACAAUAGUCACAAUAGUUUAACAUCAUAUAAACGUUCUGAUUGUUAAAGAAGCUGAUAACCUUUUUUCUCAUUCGGUUUCUUUGUCCCUCAUCAACACAGACUUUUCCAUUGAAGCUAGAAUAAUUUUGGUUGUUAGACAUGAGAGAUGUCUGUAUGUGUGUUUUUGCUCCUGGUUUGUCUCACUGGUUUGAAGUGGGCCGGGCUCAGUUUGAAAAAGGUGAUGUCAUGCAUCACUGUGAUCCAGUCUCGCAACAUUUGAACAAAGAACUGUUGACAGUUGUGGGUUUGUUUGAUUGUGUUACCUCAACCCAACCACACCCAUGCAGUCAUCAGACAGGAGAUUAACUGUGUGUUUGAGUAGUUAAUAGUUAAACUAUUAACACAAAGUUUGCAUAGACAUAUAUAAAAGAGCAUUUAAUACUGUAGAGAGGAAUUUUGAAACCAAGUGUCUGUAAGCCAUUUUUUAGAAAAAAAAGAAUCCAGCUAGCUAGCAUUGUCCUUGUCAGUAAACUGGACACGAGUUCAUAGUAGCAUAAUCUGCUUCUAGGAAACAAACAGCCCACACCAACAGUGUUCAUUUUUACUUUGCUAUUAAGUUUGAAUUUCAUCUGAUGUCAGUUGUUUAAGCCAAUGAUGUGGCUAAGCAAAGCAACCAUCACUGCUCAUGCUAGCUACCCUGUUCCUCAUGUAUUAGGACAUAUUCACACAGAAUCUGGUGUUGCAGCGAUUAGCAGCAGGGUUGCUGAUUGUUAAUGUGUCAUAUUACUGUAAAAUUAAGCCCCUGAUCCAGAAAGUAGUGAUAAUGCACUUGAAAGCAGUUUGCCAACCUCCAUUACACAACAAAGAAGUUGACAUGUUGCUAUGUUACUUGCACGCUGGUCCUAUGAAUAAGUUAGCAAUUGUAUAUUCACAACAACAGAUUAAAAUCUGGCUUAUUAAUUGUCCGUUGUGUUGUGUUUCUCCAAAGGUGAUUAUAUUUGAACCACAAUUUAAACACACUGCCCACAUCAACUGAAUGGGAGGACUGUUUGUGCCGCGACACCUGAUUCUGUGUGAAUAAGAUCUUAAACACAACUAAAUCAUUGUUUUUCGACUUUUUGAUAUUGACUCUGACUGUUGUAAAUGUUGCAGAUAUGUUUUUUAUGAGCUUAAAUCAUCUCAUCCCAAUGUGUCCUUUGCAGAUUCAUGGCAAUUAGCUUACCUGUUACAUAUAUACAUGCAGGGAUGGAGGCAUAUUGGAUGUUAUCUUGAAGUGCCCAGGAAGUGGUUGACUAUUUUUGUGAAGAAUUCAUUUAGAGAUUUACUACAGUUACUACACCAUCACGAAUCUCUCUCUGUCGACACUGCCGAGGCAAGAUAUCCCAGUUGUCUGAACCUCAACUUAAGAACACCAAACAAUGACUAAAUAUUUCUAGACCCUUUUGUCGGGCAAAUGCAUUAUGUGGCAUACAUCCUCCUGACAUUACUCACCGUGAAAGUGUCAGGGUUGAUGUCGAGUGAUCUCUGAGACAAAAUGAGCAUUUCACAUUAGAUAUUUUUAGAAAACACCAGUUUGUGGAGGCGCUGAUAGACUGAGAUAUGUUAUAUAGAAAGGGAAGUGUGGUAGUUACCGUGGUGGAUGUGUGAUCUUGAGUUUCCACACAGAAUGUUAAAAAGGCAUAUUCUGAGACAUUUAAGAGACUUUUUUUUCUAUCUCUCGACUAAAAAUAACUUCACAUCACAGCAGUAAGAAAAACAGGUGAGAAGAAAACGUACCUGUUAAUCUCUUUUACCUGCUCUGGUGCUAAUAAGUGCUGUGGUUGCUCGCAAACAAUCCCUUGCCUUAUGGUUUACUCAGUUCAUGCAUUUCUUUAAGUGGACCCAAUACAAAAACAGACCCACCUUCAGACCACACAGGCCCUCAUCCAUGAUUACAGAAAGCACACACAGAAGGGAAUUCAGCCUGUAAGAACUAUUUUCACUGGAGUCACAGUGUACAUUGACAAACCUGCAGAGUGUCUCCAGGCCAGUGUUUUGUAUUUUUAGCUGUGGCCACUUUCACACUUCAUGUCAUUUACAGACAGCAGAAACUACAUUUACUCUUUACUGUGCCUGUGGUUGUGGUGAAAUCUAGCUUUGUGCAGUGUUUACCAAGUGGAUGUGUGUGUGUGCGUGUGUGUGCGUGUGUGUGUGUGUGUGUGUGUGUGUGUCUGUUGACUGGAACGGUACAGUAAAGGGGGCGUGGGGGGCUGUGAUAUACUGUAGGUAGUUGUUGCAUUUUCUUGUCGGAUGUGACAGUUUCUGACUUCAGUUACUGAUAUUUAGAACAAAGUAACCCACUUCUUGAUUGUCUGCCAUAUACUUUAUAUACAAUGGUUUCUUAUCUAUUUUUGUAUUAGUAAAGAGGAACAAUUUGUGUCAAGACAAUUAAAUAGUGAGUCAAAUGUUAACCCACCCUAUGCGCAAUAUGACUCAGAAUUGCUGUUCUGUUAUUUUAUGUUGUGUUUUAGAGGAGAGAGUAACACUUCUAUGUCCUGCAGAUCUGCUCUGCUCUACAUUGCCUCUUCUAAAACCACAAAGGGAAGUGACAGUGACUUGCUGAGGUCAACUUAAUACAAUCUGUCGGGACUUUUCAGCGUUGAUGCUGUUUAACCGUGUGAAACAGAAGCACAGUCUUUCCAGCACAACAGUGAAACACACCAUGUAAGAGAUAGCUCGGCAGGGUCCUGCUUGUACAUGUAGAGCAGCCAUGUCCAAACUGUUCCACAAAGGUCCAGAUGUGGCUGCAGGUUUUCUUUUCAACCAGCACACCAGACCUGACUCAUCUGAUCAACUGAUCUCAAUCUUCAGAAAGUUGAUUGGUCAAACUGUGUGCUCUUGACUGGUUGGAACAAAAACCUGCAGCCACACGGCCCCUUGUGGAAGAGUUUGGACAUGCCUGAGAGAGAUACCAGAUCAUAUCAUUAGAACUGAAUACUGCACACUAAAUGUUAACUCAUAUUUUGAUUUGACUUCAGUAAAUUGAUUGUAAGACUCGCCGUUUGACACCCUGCAGAAAAAGCAGGGAUCUUGUUGAAUCAACAGGUGUGAGGGAAUAUAAAUUGUGUUCAAGUGUGAUAUUUUAUCCGUGGGUGUCUGAUGGCAGCUACGCUUCAUAUUCAAGAUGAUAUUAGCCAUGAAUUUAUUUUUGUGCAUCGUGGAUUUCUACCUGCAUGACGAAGGUUUUUAUCAAUGCUUAUAAAUGAGAUAAAUUAUGAUAAAAUAUAUUAAAUUAUGGUAAAGAGAAUUAGCAAAUGAAAGUUUGCAUAUACUUGUAAAGAGCAAACAUGGCAGUCUUGAGUUCCGACGAUUUCUACAGCUCUCAUCUUUCUGUGAUGGAAAGAGUGGAACGCUACUUGGAAAAACUUUUUUGAAUGUUUUCCAGUUCCAAUAGUGAAUUUAUUAUAGGUCUGUUGAUAAUGUGACCAAAUCUGCUGGGUCAAAAAUAUACACAAAGUAUCUCUAAUAUUUGGUUAAAGGUCUCUUGGCCACUUUUUGUCUCAAUCAGGGGCUUCUGAUAGCCAUCCACAAGCUUCUGUUAGUCCUCUGGCUGAAUUUUAAACAACUCCUCUAGACAAAUUUGAUGAGGUUUAACUAAAUUUGUUCACUUCCUGGCUGUAGAAAUGUAAAUUCUAGCCUGACUUAGUCAUUCCUUUACCCCCCUUUAAUGUUUAUGUUUGGGACCAUUGUCUUGUUGGAACACCCCACUGCACCCAACACCCAAUCUUCUGGCUGAUUAGUUUAGGUUUUCCUGAAGAGUCUGGAGAAAAUCCUUCUUCUUCAUUAUUCCAUUUACUUUCUUUACAGCAGCAGAUCCACUAGCAGCAAAACAGCCCCACAGCAUAGUACUGCCACCACCAUGCCUGACAGUAGGUAUGGUGUUCACAGGAUUAAAGCCUCAGCUUCUGACCUCCAAACAUUGCUGGUCAGUUUGGACAAACAACAAUAUUUCUGUUUCAUCUGACCACAGUUUUCCUCCUGAAGAUGUUUUCUUUCUCUGUGUGAUCAGCAGCAAACCUCUGUCAAGUUGUAAGGUGUCACAUCUAGAGCAAGGGCUUCUGUCUUGCAAUGGCAGCCUCUCAGACUGUGGCAAUGCAAAACUGGCUUGACUAUGGACACUGGCGCCUGUCUUCCAGUGCUUCUAAUUCUUUGCACUUGUUUUUUGGCUUUUGUUUGACUCCUGACCAUCAGGCCCAAUUUUCUGUUAGCAUCAGGUGAUAGAUGAUUUGCUUUUUCUUCCUGAUCGUGGCAGUGAAGCAACUGUGCCAUGCACUUUAUAUGUUGGGGAUUUGAUUUUGGGACCUGUAACUGCUUUGAAAUGGCUCCAGGUUACUUGUACAAAUCAAUAAUGUGCUCUUUCAGAUCAAUGCUGAGCUCCUUAGACCAUUGUAGUGUUUGCAGCUGAGUCUAAUUAUAAUCACUCAAAAGAAACAGAGGCCAUGCUACAAAGCAUAUUUGACUCACAUAACUUUCUAUAACCACAAAGAUGGACAUUCAAGUUGGUGUUUGUAUUAUUUUGACCUAAAAUCCAUUAGUUAUUGAACCAAACAUCAUUAGUGUUUGUAUGUGAGAAAGAAGUGUGUAUUCCACUCAUUCUAUCACAGAAAACUAAGAGUUAUAGAAAUCACUGGAACUCAUCACUGCCAUGAUAUACAUGUUCUUUACAAGUGCAUGCACACUUUUGACCACAACAUAUAAGUUUCGUUAGAGAGCCACACAUCCUCAUUUCUUGAAUGUUAAACCAGAUCUCACGGCCAACCUACGGAAGCAAUUAAAGGCCAACAGGAUUUUAAUUCAAGCUACUUUGUGAGAUUUACUCAUUGCAUAAUUUAAAUACCACUGAAUUUAUAUCCAUAACUUUAUAACUUUUAGUUUGACUGGACGCUUGGAAAUACAGAUGGAAAAUGGUGACAUAUAUAAAUUAAAACUUAUAUCUAGUCGCUCACAUUCAGCAGGUCAUUUUCAGAUGCAGAAUUUCCAGUCAUUUACAAAACAAAAAAACAGUUUGGUAAGAACUGAAUUGGGAAAAUCUGACACCCAAAUUCAGAAACAACGCUGAAACUUGAACAUCUGGGCUACCAAAGCUCCUGACAUCUGUCUUGUCAGGUUACAUUUUGUCAAUUUUAAAUGAGCAACUGAAAACUGUGCACUUGAAUUUAAAUCUGUGAACCUGGAAAAAUACAUUUUUAAUCUAAUUCAAACUAUGUUCAUGUAAAUCAAAAUAGUUAAUUUUGUGGUAUUUAAAUAUUUAUUAAAUAUUAGUUUUCAGGGGUGAUUAAUUUUACAUUCAUCCUUUAAAAUCAUAUUAUUAUGGGCUUUCUUUGCUUAGGCACAGUACACAAAUAUCAGGCAGAACAAUCUUGUCGUUCUGUCUUGCUAAUCUCUCACAUGCUGUGUUCCACAUAUAAGGCUUUGAAGACAAAAUGUUUAUGCUUUUCAGUAUUGUUUAUUUUGCUUUAAUUUUCUUAAACAUUUUUGAAAAAUCUCCUGGUUUUGAUGCUAUUUGUGACUGGAGAUAUUUUGCCCUCUUAGUUUGUAAACUACCUGUGCUGCAGACGGCAUUGGUGCCUUACUGUUCUUCACUCAGCAAACCCUGUGUCACAGUGUCUUAAUGUACUUGUAAAUGUACUUUUCUUCUGUACUUCAGGCUGAGUUUGAUUUGUAAACAUGUCUCACAAAUUGAUUGAUGAUGAUAGACUUUAUAUGUGAUGAUAUUAUUGUUUAAAAAAGAGCUGAAAGAGAAAAGAUGCUUGUGUUGGAGUGGUCUUUACUACCACAUGUCAUCACAUCUUUGUGUGUGCGUGUGAUUGUACCCUAAGGCAACCAGUGUUGAGCCCUUUCAUGCUGUGAGUGUUUGGGCUUUUGCGUUGCUGCUCAGCUCUGAUUCAGUUAUUGGAGUCCACAGAUACCCUGCAUCGUCAAAGAGCAACCAACAGGGGGGGCAAAUAUUGCAUGUUAGCGCUUCUUGGACGGCGUUCAGCAAAUUUGAAACUAAAUCAUUAUAAACUUGUACUAAACUUAGACUACAACUGAUGAGCAGCUUGCCCUGUGGCAAAAAGUCACCUCAGUUGCUAAAAACACUGCUAAAAGUAAAGAAAUAGUCAAAUCGCGGGACCCUGGGGAAAUGAUGCCAGUGGUGUUAGUCCACAUGUAGGCAGCAUGUUAGGGAGCAGUGUUUUCCUCGUAGCUAAUGGUCCGGUCUGACUGAAUUGGUGACCCUGUUGUGUGUGAUCCUGACACCAUACUGAACCGGUCCUUGGUGUUUUUAGCUACUGUAAAAUAAUAAUAAUUUUAAAAAAAGUAAAUAAUAAGAAGAAAAAGAUAAGAAAAUUAGGUGCAUGGAGCGAAA